AUGGAGAGGAGCCAGAGAUGUAUUGACGUUCUUGCUCCGGCCCUCCGCAGACCAAAACCCGAGUCUGCCGCUUUUGAUAGCUGGCCGUCUUCCGCUUGUCCGUCACCGUCCAACGGGGCGACCGAGCAACGCUCGGAGAGGUUAACGGCGAACCUUGGCUUUCUGGUCGAGAGAAUACUGAAAUCUUCUUUUCUCUUUUUCGCCCCCCUUUAGUCCCAGAAAUCCUGGAUAGAAAAUACUUUCACCAAGAGGGAAUGUGUAUAUAUUAUUCCAAGCUCAAAGGACCCUCACAGAUGCCUUCCAGGAUGUCAGAUUUGUCAGCAACUUGUCCGGUGCUUUUGCGGUCGCCUGGUCAGGCAGCACGCUUGCUUUACUGCAAGUGUAGCCACGAAAUACUCCGAGGUGAAAUUGGGUGAACACUUAAACCAGGAAGUCGAAGAAUGGUCCGUGGAAAAGCACACAGAACAGAGCUCAACCGACGCUUACGGUGUCAUCAAUUUCCAAGGCGGUUCGCAUUCCUACAGAGCCAAGUACGUGAGGUUAUCGUACGACACCAAACCGGAAGCCAUCUUGCAACUUAUGCUGAAGGAAUGGCAGAUGGAAUUGCCCAAGCUCGUCAUCUCCGUACACGGGGGGAUGCAGAAAUUUGAACUUCACCCUCGCAUUAAGCAGCUACUUGGCAAGGGGCUCAUCAAAGCUGCAGUCACCACAGGUGCCUGGAUUGUAACUGGAGGAGUGAACACAGGUGUGGCAAAACACGUUGGUGACGCCCUCAAAGAACAUACUUCCAGAUCGUCUCGAAAGAUUUGCACUAUUGGAAUAGCUCCCUGGGGAGUUAUCGAAAACCGGAACGAUCUUCUCGGAAGAGAUGUGGUUGCUCCUUACCAAACUCUGUUGAACCCCCUGAGUAAAUUGAAUGUCCUCAAUAAUCUCCACUCCCAUUUCAUCCUGGUGGAUGACGGAACCGUCGGAAAGUACGGGGCGGAAGUGAGCCUGCGAAGAGAACUGGAAAAAACUAUCAAUCAACAGCGAAUUCAUGCAAGAAUUGGCCAGGGCGUCCCUGUUGUGGCACUCAUAUUUGAAGGUGGCCCCAAUGUGAUCCUCACUGUUUUGGAAUACCUUCAAGAAAGCCCCCCGGUCCCAGUGGUGGUAUGUGAAGGGACAGGCCGAGCAGCCGACAUAUUGGCAUAUAUUCAUAAACAAACAGAGGAAGGAGGAAAUCUACCGGAUGGAACAGAGCCUGAAAUCAUUUCAACGAUCAAAAAGACCUUCAAUUUUGGUCAGAGCGAAGCUGCCCAUCUGUUUCAGACACUGAUGGAAUGCAUGAAGAAGAAAGAACUGAUCACCGUUUUCCAUAUCGGCUCCGAUGAACAUCAGGAUAUCGACGUGGCAAUACUCACCGCGCUGCUGAAAGGCACUAAUGCGUCUGCAUUCGACCAGCUUGUCCUGACACUUGCGUGGGAUAGAGUCGACAUUGCCAAAAAUCAUGUGUUUGUUUAUGGACAGCAGUGGCUGGUGGGAUCUCUGGAGCAGGCGAUGUUAGAUGCUCUCGUAAUGGAUAGAGUGGCGUUUGUCAAACUUCUAAUCGAAAACGGAGUGAGCAUGCACAAGUUCCUAACCAUUCCCAGGCUGGAAGAACUAUAUAACACCAAACAAGGUCCGACUAACCCGAUGCUGUUUCACCUGGUCCGGGAUGCCAAACAGGGGAACCUUCCUCCAGGAUAUAAAAUCACUCUGAUUGAUAUAGGGCUCGUUAUCGAAUACCUCAUGGGAGGGACCUACAGGUGUACCUACACACGGAAACGCUUUCGAGUCAUCUACAACAGCCUCAACGGGAGCGAUCGGCGGUCCGGUCGCAAUACAUCAAGCAGUACUCCUCAGUUGCGUAAGAGCCACGAGUCUUUCGGCAACAGGUUAGAUAAAAAGGAGAAAAUGCGUCACAACCAUUUCAUCAAAACCGCCCAGCCUUACAGGCCGAAGAUUGACACCAGCAUGGAAGAAGGGAAAAAGAAAAGAACCAAAGAUGAAAUUGUAGACAUCGACGAUCCGGAAACCAGGCGCUUUCCUUAUCCGCUUAAUGAACUGUUACUCUGGGCCGUGCUCAUGAAAAGGCAGAAAAUGGCCCUGUUCUUCUGGCAGCACGGGGAAGAAUCAAUGGCUAAGGCCUUAGUUGCCUGCAAAGUCUAUCGCUCGAUGGCUUACGAAGCAAAACAGAGUGAUCUUGUUGAUGACACAUCGGAAGAACUGAAGCAGUAUUCCAAUGAUUUUGGCCAGCUGGCAGUGGAGCUCCUCGAACAGUCCUUCAGACAAGAUGAAACAAUGGCUAUGAAGCUCCUCACCUACGAACUGAAAAACUGGAGUAACUCCACCUGCCUCAAACUAGCAGUGUCUUCGAGACUCCGCCCCUUUGUCGCUCAUACUUGUACGCAAAUGCUGCUCUCCGAUAUGUGGAUGGGAAGGCUGAACAUGAGGAAGAAUUCAUGGUACAAGGUGAUCCUGAGCAUCCUGGUCCCCCCAGCCAUAUUAAUGCUGGAAUAUAAAACCAAGGCGGAGAUGUCACACAUUCCACAAUCUCAAGAUGCUCAUCAGAUGACCAUGGAAGACAGUGAAAACAACUUCCAGAACAUAGCGGAAGAAAUUCCAAUGGAGAUAUUUAAAGAAGUCAGAGGUAUGGAGAGCCCCGAAGGGAAGCCUGAGAUCGAAACCCAGACGAAACCUAAAAAACUUCCCAUCACCCGAAAGUUCUAUGCGUUUUAUCAUGCACCGAUAGUGAAAUUCUGGUUCAACACGCUGGCCUACUUGGGCUUUCUGAUGCUCUACACGUUUGUGGUCUUGGUGAAGAUGGAAGAACUGCCAUCGGUACAGGAAUGGAUUGUCAUUGCUUACAUCUUCACGUCAGCGAUCGAGAAAAUCCGUGAGAUCUUCAUGUCCGAAGCUGGGAAAGUAAACCAGAAGGUUAAAGUGUGGUUCAACGAUUACUUCAAUAUCAGCGACACCAUUGCCAUCAUCACUUUCUUCAUUGGAUUUGGACUCCGAUUUGGAGCAAAGGGGAACUUUGAAAAUGCAUACGACGAUUACGUUUUUGUGGCCGGAAGGCUAACCUAUUGCCUCAACAUCAUAUUUUGGUAUGUGCGUUUGCUGGAUUUUCUAGCCGUAAAUCAGCAAGCCGGACCGUACGUCAUGAUGAUUGGCAAGAUGGUUGCCAACAUGUUUUACAUUGUUGUGAUUAUGGCCCUGGUCUUGCUGAGUUUUGGUGUUCCCCGGAAGGCGAUCCUCUACCCUCAUGAGUCGCCAUCGUGGACACUGGCAAAAGAUAUCGUUUUUCAUCCGUACUGGAUGAUUUUUGGUGAAGUGUACGCCUAUGAAAUCGACGUGUGCGCGAAUAAUUCAGAAGCGAAGGAGCUCUGCGGGCCUGGAACCUGGUUGACCCCAUUUCUUCAAGCCGUCUACCUCUUCGUUCAGUACAUAAUCAUGGUUAAUCUUCUUAUUGCCUUUUUCAACAAUGUAUAUUUGCAAGUAAAGGCCAUUUCCAACAUCGUCUGGAAGUACCAGCGUUACCAUUUCAUCAUGGCUUAUCACGAGAAACCGGUGCUCCCUCCCCCUCUCAUCAUCCUUAGCCACAUGGCCUCCCUGUUCUGUUGCAUCUGUAAAAGAAGAAAGAAAGACAAGGCCUCCGACGGACCUAAACUGUUUUUAACCGAAGAAGACCAGAAGAAGCUUCAUGAUUUUGAAGAGCAGUGUGUGGAAAUGUACUUCAGUGAAAAAGAUGACAAAUUUCAUUCUGGAAGUGAGGAGAGAAUUCGUAUCACCUUUGAAAGGGUCGAACAGAUGUGCAUCCAGAUCAAAGAGGUCGGCGACCGAGUCAACUACAUCAAGCGCUCGCUGCACUCGUUGGAUUCGCAGAUCGGCCACCUGCAGGAUCUCUCCGCCCUCACGGUGGACACCCUGAAGACGUUCACCGCUCAGAAGGCCUCCGAAGCGAGCAAAGUCCACAACGAGAUCACGCGCGAGUUGAGCAUUUCCAAACACCUGGCCCAGAAUCUUAUAGACGAGGGACCCCUGCAUCCCUCCGUAUGGAAAAAACACAGCGUGGGGAGCACCCUGAGUUCGUCUCUUCCCCAGGGAGGCCUCGAGGGUAGCGGUGCCUUUCUGGGCAGCGUCUUCCCACGCGACGAGAGAGACGCCCCGUUUAGGGUGUUGGGGCCGGACUUGGCUGCGAUCCCUCGGAGAGGAGAGCCUAACUUUCCAGAGCCCGGGACCUCGAGCGGUGCCUUACUCCCGAGCGCCGUCUCCCCGCCCAGACUCCGGCACCGAGCUCACGGGGAAGAAGCCGCCAGAGCGAUCAGCCGGAACCCGAAACCGGGCAACUCCUCGAACAGCGUACCCCACCCGACCUCCCCGACGGCCAAGUUUUUCGUCAGCACCCCCUCUCAGCCAGGCGGCACGAACCAGCCGGAACCCGUGGCUAAAGACGAAGAGCCCGUCUGCUCUAAGGCCGUCCAAGGCGAGAGUGCCGUGGAAUUCGGCGCCUUUGUGGGUCACAGGGACAGCAUGGAGUUGCAGAGAUUCAGGGAGGCCACAAACAAGAUGAAAGAAAUAAUGGCUGCGAAAACUCUGGAGCCGCAGAAGGACAUAAGGAAACCCAUAUUGGAGGACAUCGAGAUGACUAAACAUCAGAGCGGGACUUCCUUCGGCAGCCCCCUGAGACACGUCAGCUCCUACGCAGGGUUUACGGAGCUCCACAGAGUCUCCCCUUCGCUUCGCUCGGAGCAAAUGCAGAGCAAGAGCGGGAGGGCGUCGGCAGAAGACCCUCACGAAGCGGACUCCAAAGCCGCCUUGCUCAAGGAUUGGCUUCAAGAAAGACCGACAACCAAUCAGAUGCCAUCGGAAGAAGAAGCGUUAAAUGGCAUUGCAUCGCCCUUCAAGCCAAUCAUGGAUACAAAUUAUUAUUACUCGGCGGUGGAAAGAAACAACCUGAUGAGGCUGUCGCAGAGUAUUCCGUUCACUCCAGUGCCUCCGAGAGGCGAGCCGGUCACCGUGUACCGUCUGGAAGAGAGCUCCCCCGCCAUCCUCAACAACAGCAUGUCGUCCUGGGCGCAGCUGGGCCUCUCGGCCAAAAUCGAGUUCCUGAGCAAAGAGGAGAUGGGAGGAGGACUCCGCCGAGCCGUCAAGGUCCUCUGCACCUGGGCCGAGUACGACAUCCUGAAAUCGGGGCACCUCUACAUCAUCAAAUCCUUCCUGCCCGAGGUGGUCAAUACGUGGGCGGGGGUUUACAAAGAAGAUACCGUCCUGCAUCUCUGCCUGCGGGAAAUUCAGCAACAGAGAGCGGCCCAGAAGCUCACGUUUGCUUUCAACCAGAUGAAGCCAAAGUCCAUCCCGUAUUCCCCACGGUUUCUGGAGGUUUUCCUGCUGUACUGCCAUUCGGCCGGCCAGUGGUUCGCGGUGGAGGAGUGCAUGACCGGCGAGUUCAGGAAAUACAACAACAACAACGGCGAUGAAAUCAUUCCAACGAACACUUUGGAAGAAAUCAUGCUGGCCUUCAGCCACUGGACCUACGAAUACACGAGAGGAGAAUUACUCGUUCUGGACUUGCAAGGUGUAGGUGAAAAUCUGACCGAUCCAUCAGUGAUCAAAGCGGGAGAAAAGAGGUCCUCUGAUAUGGUGUUUGGGCCGGCAAAUCUAGGCGAAGAUGCAAUCAAGAACUUCAGAGCUAAGCAUCACUGCAAUUCCUGCUGCAGGAAGCUGAAACUUCCAGAUCUGAAGAGGAACGAUUACACCCCUGACAAAAUCGUGUUUCCUCAGGACGACAGCCCGGACUUCACCGUUCAGCCCGGCAGCGGCGCCAAAGAAUCAGAUCCCACUAAUUCUAUCCGCCUGAUGCUGUAGCUCGGGCGGGACGCUGGGUCUCUUUCGUCUCCACUUCGCGCUCGUGCGACACCCCCCGCCCCCACCCUCCCCCCACCGUGGCUUUCCCUUCAGCAGGAAGAUACUGUGGUGACCGAGAGAACAGGGCGUCGCGAGCGGAUUGUCCUGCGGCUCCGAUCCCGGGCCGGGGCCCCCUCCCCGCCCCCGGCGAGAUCGAAGCGGUCGGGUCAGUGAUGUCCGCCGGAGCCGGCCGGCGGCCGCCACGUUUCGACGGUAAAGGAAUAGGUGUUUCUAGCUUCCCAAAGGGCUCUCUGCGGCGGAAGAUUCCCCGCGCUCGGUUGGUGCGGAGCGGUGAGCCGCAGCCCGAGGUAAGGCGGAUUGGGCGGCCGGUUCCCUGCCGACCCGGGAGGGGAAACGGAGACGCGGCGGGCGCGUGGCGGGCCGAGGAGAGGUCUCGCCCCAAGCCCGUCCGGACGGCGUCUCGGGAGCGGUGACCCGCGCGUCCGGCGGAAGGAGGGGAGCCCUCGGGGCAGAGAACGCCACCGUCGGCCGGGGCGUCCCGGACACCGUCUCCCCGGGCGGGGCCGGGCCCUCGGAGCGAGCGAGCGCGGAUCGAUCCCGUUUGAGACGCGUUCCGACCGAGCCGCUCUCCGGCGGGAACCGCCUCAGCGGCCGGAAGGGAAAGGGCACUUUGCCGUCCGAAAGAGGUUGCCUUGUAAGAAAGACAGACAAACGGAAAAGGAAGUGCUUUUUCUGACAGUUUGAGAAGUUAGAUGCUCUCCAAAGAUCGCACGCAGCAAGUGUCUAUCGUCCCCGCGAACCUUCGGGUCUAGUUAAGAUAGUCUCGGAACACCUCGGGCGCUCGCUACGUUGUCUACGGUACUUAUUUAAGAGGUCGAUCGAGUCUGGACGACCGUUACGUGACGUCGGGAGAUUGCGGUGCAGCUUUAGGCCGACGAAGCGUCGUCUCAAAGCGUCCGCCGACGCCGUUGAAUAUUCGACGAGGAAGAUCUGUUGUCCGACUGAAGUUUCACGCUUCGAUUUUAGGUUCGGUUUUCUCGUCCGUUGGUUUUCUAGGUACUUAACUGUAAUUUUUAACCGAGGGGCGGCGUACGGCUCUAUAUUUUUAUUCCGUAGUGUAUCUUAUAGAUACAGACGUGAGGCACGACGGACUGGCUGGCGAAAUGGUCUUUUUAAGUCGAUUGGGGCGCGAGGGGAAGAGCGUGUUCCCGAGAGAUGUAACGCUGUAUACAUUUUGUAUAUCGUUAAAUCUUUAAAAGAAUCUAAAUAAAUUUAUUCUUGUUUACAGACUUCA